UCCCUUUUAUUUUUCAGAACAAAACCUCGAGUCUGGGAGGGAAACUCUGGAUUCAAGGAUGAACUUCCGAAACAAUGGGAUUGGAGGAAUAUCAGCGGUGUUAACUACUGCAGUCCUACGAGAAAUCAACAUAUUCCAGUUUACUGUGGUUCAUGCUGGGUGUUUGGAACAACUGGAGCUCUAAACGAUCGAUUCAACAUCGCCCGCAAGAAUAGGUGGCCAAUGACUAUGGUGUCUCCCCAGGAAAUUAUCGAUUGCAACGGUAAAGGAAACUGCCAAGGUGGUGAAGUCGGCAAUGUGUUGGAAUACGCAAAGACUCAUGGCCUCGUCGAAGAAGGCUGCAACGUCUACCGAGCCGUCAAUGGACAAUGCGAUCCGUUCCACAGAUGCGGCACAUGUUGGCCUGGCAGUUGCACUGCUGUUAAAAACUACACCAGGUAUUAUGUCACGGAAUACGGAAAGGUGUCCGGUCGUGAAAAUAUGAUGGCCGAAAUCAAGAAAGGUGGUCCGAUCGCUUGCUCAAUCACUUGUACCCCCGAGUUUGAUUUCCACUACACUGGAGGCGUCUAUGCACAGAGGACUGAAAAGGAAAUAGAGCCAAACCACAUCGUCUCUGUUACCGGAUGGGGCGUGGACGAGAACGGCGUUGAGCAUUGGAUUGUGCGGAACAGCUGGGGAGAGGAAUGGGGCGAGAAAGGAUGGUACCGUGUUGUGACGUCUACGUACAAAAACGGAACAGGAAACGAGUAUAAUAUGGGCAUAGAGAAGGAGUACCCGGUCGUUUUUAAUAUGCUAUGA